UCGGGAAAAAACAUCUUUGUGGCUUCGGCUGAUAGAACUUCACUAAAGCCGCUUGAGGUUGGGAUCGAGUGAGGUCCGUCUACUAUUAAGAGAUCGAGUCAAGGAAACGAUCGAAUCGAAGUAUCUACAGACUCGGGUCUUCGCAGAGCUGAAUCGUGCUUACGAAAACAGGAUGAUGAUAUCCAACACGAGAUUUACCCCGUAAGUGCUGAAUUCGGUUCCGCGCUUUGUUCGGCUUUGAAAUCCGUGUUGGCUGUACGCAUGUGCACUUCGAGAUUCGUUCGAAAAGCUUCGAACGCCAUGCUAUUUCGGUACUGGAGCAGAAACUGUUCACAUGUAGUUUAUUGACCGUGAGAUCUGUUCUUGUUCUACCUUUUUUUUCGACCCGCGCUCGAUUUGAAUGAAUAGCAACCUGAUUUGGUACUAUGUCUUGGCAACGCUUUUAUUUCUGGUGGCAAUAUCCUUGCACGCAAACGUCUACCGUCGAUUCGGAGCUAUGCAAGACGGCCUGCGAGAGGCUGCGAGGAUCAAAUGGACCAUGGAAUUCGACGAACUGAAAGCGUUGGCCAAGUAUCAAAAGUCGGUUCGACUCCACCGCAGGGGCAUUCGAGAUACAAUUGCGGCCUUUAAUUGUACGGCCGAGGUGAAUUCCCUCCGCGAAGCCGUCUUUGAAGAAGAGGAGGACGUCCUGAAGCUGAAACAAAGCGCCGAGAAAAAGAAGGAGGAGGCGCGGGCCGACGGGAGGGAGAGUGCCAUGCACAGCAUGGCAAGUUUUCGGGACAGCCGUGCGUUUGCAAAUUCGAAAGUUGCCGGACAAAACCUGGCUCGGGAGGCAGAGCGAGAGAACGAGCUGUCGGAAACUAUAAUGAACAAGACGCUGGAACAAGAAGAUGCAGCGAAGGAUCGAUUGAAGAAGGCCCAGGCGACCCUGGAGCUUGCAAAUGCUGCACAGCACCACACCGAAAUAGACACGGGAAUCUGUAAGUGGGCGCCUGCAGUGUGCAAUCUCAUAAACAGUGGGUCAUCGGCGGCAACGGUCACCGACGAAGCUAUCCAAGCCAACAAGGACAUACAAGAAGCCCUCCUGCAAAUCCGCAACGCCGAAAUCGAGCGCGCUAAGGCCAUCAAGCUCCACAAUCUAGCAUCGACCCACGCAAAUCUCUCGACAUCAAUGUUUGCUGACGCCGAGGAUUUCAAAACCCAAUCCCAAGAGCAAUGGCAAGAAGCAAAACAAUCUCGCUCGAGCGCGGCAAAAGAGGAAAGCGAGGCCGAAAAAGACAUGGAAGACGCCAAACUGGAAGAAAGCGACAUCGCUACGAAAGAGCAAGAGAUCCGAGACGAUCUAAAUAGCAGCAGAAUCAUCUUUGAUCGAGUGGUAGAGGACCGGCGCAAGGAAAGCAUUGCCAGGGAACAGAUGACUCACUACUUGAAACUGGUGCGAGAGAGGAGAACGCAAUGGAGGGAAAAGAAAACGGAAGCCACCCACCACGUCGCCAGAGCAGGCUGGGAGGCACUCCUCGCGUCGGUUGCGGCGAGCUGCUUGCUGGUGGUAGUAAGCUCGCGUAUUUUGGCCACCUUUCGGUACCGACAACCCCUCCGAUGGAUUGUGCGGGAGAUGCCCUAUGUCCCACAGGAUCUCCUUUAUCUUAACUGCCAUGCCUGGAUUUUCUUGCUAGCUAUGGGGUACGGUGGUGAACUCCUGACGGCCUUUCACGACCGUGGGUUUGUUGCCCGAGCGGCAAUUACAAUCCUGAUUGCGCUCGUCGCAGCCAUCCUCCAGGUUACUCUGCUCCAUCUCAUUCCUUCCGUCUGCGCCCUCUUGAGAGAAUCUAGGCUUGACUCUGGUGCCAUUCAACCCCUGGUUCAAGAAGUCGUGAUCAAACGGGGAAUUAUAAUCGCUCUCACAUCGGCUCUGGAGCUGCUGCUGUGUUGGUGCUGGAUGGGCAACAUAGUCUUCCAACGGGUGCACCUAUUCAACACUUUUGUGGUUUGGAUUGCUGUGUUGUGCAUGUCCACGUUCUAUUGGAUUGUCGUUCGGAGAGAGCACGUGCACACACGCAUCGACGCGUUAUCAAGAUUUUCUAACUCUGGUCUUCUGGUUCAAGGCGGUAGCAACGGGGAAAGCGAACGCUAUUCUUUGUUGACAGCAUCGGAUCUGGAAAGAUCGCAGGGAUCUAGUAUGUCGGGAUACUCUGAGGGAUCGUUUUAUGGUGCAACACGCAAGUCGUUAGGCACAAACCUAUCUUCGAUAGGCUCGCCAACUUCCAUGCAAUCGAUUCCGAUCGGGAGAAGCACCGAACCGUCCGAACAGGAAGGUGACUUUGGAUCACUAGCCGAUAUGUACCAGGCACAAGCUUUCACGACCCCGUGGCAUUCCGAGCUCGAGAAGGUCCGGCUGUUGUUCGAAAUCUACAUCGCUUCAGUAGCCAUAUGGAUUGUUUGCACGGAUUUGUCUUUGGUUCGAAAAAUGUCUCCCCUCGCGAAUGAUCUCGUCUGGGGAAAGCUACCUCUCUGGAUAUUCAACAUGUUUUUGUUCGUAGUUUUUUUCACCCUAAUCGUUACUUUCGUUCACACAAAGAUUGGAAAAUAAAGUUCCUGUAUAAUCAAUUUUUAUGAUGCAGAAGAAUCAGGAAUCGGGAUCACACAAAUCAAAGGCCUCUUACCCAAUUCGUUAGUUAAAGUAAAUUCCUCUUUUUCCUUUAUAACUAUAUGUUACCAUAUGAAUUUCUUCUCCAGGUAGACCAGUAUCAGAUCAGUCCAAUCAAUUCAUUUUGUACGGACCUGUAGUAAUUGUAUGCAAACCACAAUGUGAUGAAUAUAGUAUGCAAUACACC